AUGACAGAUCGGUCUGCCUCUCGAUCAACGGAUCCACUCGUUAGAGGCUCAUCGGCAUCACGUUCCAGACUACCACUAAUUAUUCUGGGCGCUCUUGGCGGCAUUUUCCUGAUUACUACGAUUGUAUUCGCAGUUCUGUAUGGAAAUGCAAAAUCGAACAAAUCAUCAGACACAACGGAGAAUGAUGUUUGCUUGACCUCAUACUGCAUCAAAGCAGCGGAUUAUUUGAUCGAUAGCAUUGAUCAAUCGGUUGAACCAUGCGAAGACUUCUAUCAAUUCUCUUGUGGCAAAUGGUUGAAGAAUACCCGAAUACCUGAUGCUUUGGACGCAUACAAUUCUUUUCGAGCGUUGGAUAAGACAUUAGAUGAUAACAUGAUUGAUCUGUUAUCUACACCGUCGAGCAAUGAAACUGGUGAACUCAAUUGUAUUGUCAAUGCUCGACGUUUGUAUAGUUCGUGCGUUGAUGAAGCAGCGAUUGAAACCGAGGGAGUCGAGCCGAUUCUAUUAUUAAUCAACACAGAACUCGGCGGCUGGCCUAUCUUACAAGGCGCAUCAUGGGAUCAUACUAAAUUCAAUCUUUCGAAUCUGUUAUUGAAACUUCGACAAUAUAAUUACAAUUUUAUCUAUAAAAUCAACAGUGAAACUGAUGAAAAGAACUCAUCAGCGACAAUUAUUUUAGUGGGUCAAGGUACACUCGGAUUUCCCCAACGGCAAUACUAUGAAAAUGAAACAGCAAUUACUGCUGCUUAUCGACAAUUUAUACGAGAUCUAGCAAAACAAUUAUCCAACGAUACAAGUCUGAUCGAUCAAGACGUAGAAGAAAUCUAUGCGUUUGAGAAGAACAUCGCUCAAUACUAUUGGACAAAUGAUGAGCAACGGGCAAGAGAUAACGAAACUGUUCGAACAACAGUAUCUGACCUCGUCUAUACAUUCAACACUAGCUUUGACUUCACCAAUUAUCUUCAACAAGCGUACCUAGCGAGUGGUGUCGCGUUAACUGACGGAGAUACAGUUUCCGUCAGUGAAUUAGAUUUUCUAACUAAUGCGACAAGUAUUAUCAAUGAAACAUCCGCACGUACAAUACAAAACUACUUCGUCUGGCGCUUUCUCAUGGACCAAGCAGGACGUAUGCCUCGUUCAAUUCGAAAUCUUCGCGAACAAUAUGAUCGAGUCUUUCGUGGCACAACUGCGGAACAGGCGAGAACAGCAAAAUGCGCGAUUUAUGUGAAUGACAUGAUGGGUUUUGUUGUUUCAAAAAUGUAUAUCAAAAAUUAUUUCGAUGAAAAUGCUCGAAACCAAUCAUUAGACAUGAUCGAAUAUAUUCGAAAUUCAUUCAUUGAUAUAAUUGAUGGUUCGACAUGGAUGGAUCGAGCGUCACGAGACAAAGCAAUCGAAAAAGCCAUGGCGAUUGAUAAACAAAUUGGUUAUCCUGACUAUCUUUCUAGUGACAACAACACAAAACUUGAAAGCGAUUACGAAAAGUAUGUGUUCACUUCAUCAUAUAUAAAGAAUAUUUUCAAAAUUCAACAAAUCAAAACCAACGAAAAUUUUCAAUCGUUACGAAAGCCGGUUGAUAAGAAAGCUUGGGGAUCACUUCCACCAACAAUUAUCAAUGCAUUUUAUGAACCAUCGCAAAACCAAAUCGUCUUUCCGGCUGGUAUUCUUCAAAUGCCAUUCUUUAACAAAGACGCUCCGAAAUAUCUGAAUUAUGGUGGUAUUGGCUUGGUCAUUGGACAUGAGAUUACACACGGCUUCGAUGAUACUGGUCGACAAUUUGACAAAGAUGGUAACCGAAUCCCAUGGUGGCCCGAGGAAACGAUCAAAGAAUUCAAUCAACGUAAACAAUGUAUCAUUGAUCAAUAUAGUAACUACUCGGUGCCGAGUAUUCAUAUGAAUAGCAAUGGUUAUCUGACACAAGGCGAAGACAUUGCAGACAAUGGCGGAAUUAAAGCUUCAUUUGCCGCAUAUAAACAAUGGGCACGAGCAAAUGCAAAUAUGGAUAAAAAGUUACCAGGUCUGACGAAAUAUUCACCCGAGCAAUUGUUCUUCAUCAAUUUUGCUCGCACUUGGUGUAUCAAAAUGACUGAUUCAUAUGCACGUAAUCGAAUUCUGACAGAUGUUCACUCACUUGGUCCUUUCAGAGUCACUGGUCCAACGUCAAAUUUCGACGAGUUCGAUCGAGUGUUUAGUUGCAAACCAGGUCAAGGAAAUAGUCGAGUGAAUAAGUGUGCUGUUUGACACGGACAGGAAAUGGAUAAAGACAAAGAUAUUCUCAUCGUGAAUGUAACUGUGACAAACAUUAUGACAACACGUGAAGAUGAAUAUGCGUACGUGCGAUACAAAUUACCCGAUGAAGAAUUCCAAAUUAUUGGAUAUACACCGUUGAUUAAUUCGAAUGUCGCUCAUCAUAUGCUGACAUAUGCAUGUGCAGAACCAGCUUCUGAUCUACCGUUCUGGAUCCAGGGUGGAACGUGCCGAGGCGAACAAAUGAUUAUUCAUGGGUGGGGUUUGAAUGCACCUCCAUUGAAAUUACCCCAAGAUGUUGGUUUUCCAGUUGGCAAGAAUACACCAUACAAAUAUAUCGUUGUGAAUAUUCAUUAUUUAGCAAUAGCAAUGGGUGAUAACUCGGGAAAUCAAAUUGUUCUAAGUCGAAAAUUACGUAAAUAUCAUGCUGGUAUCAUGUUAGGCGCUACAGGUGCCAUAGUGUUACCUGCGAAAACAAAAACUAUUCGUACACCAUUUUCGUGUGAAUAUAAUGGUCCACCCAUUUCUAUUUUUGCCGUUCGUGUUCAUGCUCAUCAAUGGGCACGCGUUAAUUCGCUGUAUCGAGUACGUGACGGAACCGUGUCACUAGUUACAAAGGGCAAUCCACAGUGGCCACAAGCAUUCUAUCCCCUACCAGCGCCUGUUCAAAUCGAAAAAGGCGAUUUCUUUAUUGGACAAUGUGUUUAUGAUAAUAAUGACGAUCGAAUCAUUCAUGCUGGGUCAACGCAUUCUGAUGAGAUGUGCAAUGUUUAUGCAAUGUACUCCUAUGAAGCAAUACAAAGUCAAAACGGUAGAUCACCUGUUCAAGGUUGUUGGGGUGAUACAGUCAGUAAGAUGUCGAGUCUUCUUCCUGAAGAUAGUUUAAUUGCUCCGCCCAACCCAGAUGGCGUCAUUCCGGUCAAUCAUGAGGCUCACGGUAACAAACACGAAACAACAGUACUUCGAAAUGCUAUAAAAUACACAAAUAUUGAAACUUGGCCUGAGCAGAAGACGACAACAAGUCAACUUGGCCAUGUCGGCGGUAUUGCCUUGAAUAACGGGGACAAAGAACUUGUUGUAUUCCAUCGUGGUACACGAAGAUGGGAAUCUCAAUACUUCGAUGGCGUUCGUUUUCGUAAUGAAAUCUAUGGUGCAAUUAAAGAAAACGUUCUCACUCAUGUUGAUACACAAACUGGACUGAUUAAAUCCCAAUGGGGUGCCAAUCUGUUUUACAUGCCACAUGGAUUAACAAUAGACCACCGAGGAAAUUUUUGGUUAACUGACAUUGCCAUGCACCAAGUAUUUAUGUUUAAAUCGGACAAUUUAACGCAUCCGGUCCUGACUGUAGGCCAAAAAUUUCAAUCGGGUGCAGGUCCCAAUCAAUUCUGUCGACCAGCAGAUGUUGCUGUGAUGAAGAGCGGAGACUUUUUUGUCGCUGACGGAUACUGCAAUAGUCGUAUUGUCAAAUUUAAUGCAAAAGGUGAAUUUAUUAAAGAAUGGGGUUCGUCAAUGAGUGGCAUGCAUGAUAGCGAUGACUAUCCACUGCCCAAUGAAUGGAAUAUCGUUCAUUCCAUUGCAUUGAACGAAGAUGCGUAUUUGUUGUGUGCUGCUGAUCGUGAAAAUUUCCGCAUUCAAUGUUUUCAUUCGGAAACGGGCAAUUUUCUCCGUCAAAUACAUGUUGAACCCAGAGGAACAAAUGGUGCCAUUUAUGCGAUUGAAUUUGCUCCACACGUUAACGGUGCAAAUGCACUUCUAUUCGCUGUUACUGGUGGCCCUCAAACAGCGAACGAGAAGAUCUACGUAAUUAACGCAGAAAAUGGCGAAAUUGUCGCACAGUUCGAGAGAAAUCCACCUUUAUCUGCUGCCCACGACAUAACCGUUUCAAGAGCAGCUGCAGAGAUUUAUGUUGGGGAAUUGGUAUCGCCACCCACAAACUCUAUACACAAAUUCGUCCUUCAGAAAGAUGAAACCAAAGCCACUUUGACUACAAGUUUCUCGAAAACAACUAUGACUAUAUACAAAAAAUUCGCUAUUGCACCUAAAAUAGUAAGAAUUACAAUCGUCGUAUCAUUCUGCACUCUUAUUGCAACAACUCUUACGUUCAUUCUCUACGGCAUUUGUCGAAUUUUGAAAUCACGUCAAGAUAAACGUUCGAAUUCAUACUCAUUUGAUCUGAAAAACAAUCGCACUAGUGGUGGCUCGCUCUUCACAAGUUGGUUGCAUCCUCCUCAGCAGGGUUUCGAUAAACUGGAACAAGACAUUGACGAAGAAGAAGAUCAGUUGUUGAAUUCCGACGAAGAAAGUCAAGCGACAACAUCCAAUGUUGACAGUGCAUCGGUCAAGAUUCAAAUCAAGGAAAAAUCCACCAAAUUCAACAAAAGAAACAAUCCUGCAACGUUGAAAUUGUCAGACAAUUUGUAG